AUGGCUUUAGAUCUGGCAAAUCCUCUUGUCUUGGAGUAUGCAUUAACUAGGUCUAAGGCAAAAGACAAACACAUUUCACGGAAGCCAGUGUCUUGCCCAGCUAUUGAGAGGAUGUCAUCACUUCAGAAUAAUUCUUCAUGUUUUCCUCCUGAACAAGCAGAGAAACACAUGGUAAGGACAAAGGAAUGUGAAGAUGAUGAGUCAGACUGUAGUCUCACAAUUUGCAGGAACAGUGCCAUUGCCACCUGUGAACUUCAGGACAUGGGAAACAAAGAUGACGAAGUAGUACUUCAGUGUGUUGCCAGUGUUCACAAAGAACAAAGGAAGUUCUGCUUGGCAGCUGAGGGACUUGGGAAUCGCCUGUGUUUUUUGGAACCAACAUCAGAAGCUAAAUAUGUUCCUCCAGAUCUUUGCAUCUGUAAUUUCGUCCUUGAACAGUCCCUAUCUGUCAGAGCCCUUCAAGAAAUGUUGGCCAACACAGGGGAUGAUGCUAGUGAAGGGGCAGCUCAAGGGGGUGGUCACAGAACCCUGCUGUAUGGCCAUGCUAUACUACUUCGACAUUCGUUUAGUGAAAUGUAUUUGACAUGUUUAACAUCAUCAAGAUCCCAGACGGAUAAACUUGCAUUUGAUGUGGGACUACGAGAAAAUGCAGCAGGUGAGGCAUGCUGGUGGACAAUACACCCGGCUUCUAAACAAAGGUCAGAAGGAGAAAAAGUUCGAAUAGGUGAUGACCUUAUCCUGGUCAGUGUGUCCUCUGAAAGAUACCUGCAUCUCUCCAUAUCAAAUGGAAGUAUUCAAGUGGAUGCCUCCUUUAUGCAGACGCUGUGGAAUGUACAUCCUACAUGCUCAGGAAGCAAUAUUACAGAAGGAUAUCUUCUUGGUGGGCAUGUAGUACGUUUUUUCCAUGGCCAUGAUGAGUGUUUGACAAUUCCAUCUACAGAUCAGAAUGAUUCACAGCACAAGAAAGUACUUUAUGAAACUGGAGGAGCUGGCGUUCGAGCAAGGUCUUUGUGGAGAGUAGAACCCCUUCGAAUAAGUUGGAGUGGAAGUAACAUCAGAUGGGGACAGCCUUUCCGUCUUCGUCAUAUUACAACAGGAAUGUACUUGGCUUUGAAUGAAGAUGAAGGACUUGCAAUGUUAGACAGAGAAAAGUCGGACACAACAUCUACUGCCUUUUGUUUUAGAGCAACAAAGGAGCUAAAAGAAAAGCAGGAUUCUAGUCUUAAACGUGACAUUGAUGGAAUGGGAGUCCCAGAAAUAAAGUACGGUGAUUCAAUCUGUUUUGUUCAACAUGUGGCCAGUGCCUUAUGGUUGACUUACAAAGCACAAGAUGCUAAAUCAGCACGUUUAGCUCCCUUGAAAAGAAAGGUUAUAUUACACCAAGAAGGCCAUAUGGAUGAUGGUCUAACUUUACAAAGAUGUCAGCACGAGGAAUCCCAGGCUGCUCGAAUCAUUCGCAAUACUACAAGCUUAUUCAGCCAGUUUACAAGUGGAAACAACAGAACACUGUCACCUGCUGCCCUGCCUAUUGAGGAGAUGGCUCAGACUCUGCAAGAUCUGAUUACUUACUUCCAGCUUCCCGAAGAAGACCUGGAACACGAAGAUAAGCAAAGCAAGCUUCGGUCACUCAAAAACAGACAAAAUCUAUUCAAAGAAGAGGGAAUGCUGGCACUAGUUUUGAAUUGCAUUGAUCGCUUAAAUGACUACAACAGCGCAGCUCAUUUUGCAGGAAUUGCAAGAGAAGACCAUGGUACAGCAUGGAAACAAAUUUUGAAUCUCCUUUACAAAUUGUUAGCUGCUCUCAUACGUGGCAACAGAAACAAUUGUACUCAGUUUUCCAGUAACCUUGAUUGGCUAAUCAGUAAAUUGGACAGAUUAGAAUCUUCCUCAGGUAUUUUGGAAGUGUUGCAUUGCAUCUUGAUUGAAAGCCCAGAAGCUUUAAAUAUAAUAGCUGAGGAGCACAUAAAAUCCAUUAUUUCAUUGUUGGAUAAACACGGGCGCAAUUACAAGGUUCUCGAUGUGCUUUGCUCUCUCUGUGUCUGUAAUGGAGUUGCAGUUCGUGCCAAUCAAAACUUGAUCUGUGACAAUCUACUGCCUGGAAGAGACUUACUCUUGCAAACACGUUUGAUUAAUGAUGUGACAAGCAUAAGGCCAAACAUAUUUUUGGGUGUUGCUGAGGGCUCUGCACAAUACAAGAAGUGGUACUUUGAGUUAAUAAUUGAUCAGGUCGAUCCAUUCUUGACGGCAGAACCCACCCAUUUACGAGUUGGAUGGGCCUCUACUUCAGGUUAUGCCCCCUAUCCUGGAGGUGGAGAAGGAUGGGGAGGCAAUGGUGUGGGUGACGACCUGUACUCUUAUGGUUUUGAUGGCCUUCAUCUGUGGUCUGGUCGAGUACCCAGAGCUGUAGCAUCUGUCAAUCAGCAUUUAUUAGCAUCUGAUGAUGUGGUUAGCUGCUGCUUGGAUUUAGGUGUACCCAGCAUUUCAUUCCGCAUUAAUGGACAGCCUGUACAAGGAAUGUUUGAGAACUUCAGUACAGAAGGAUUUUUCUUCCCUGUUGUAAGCUUAUCAGCAGGUGUAAAAGUUCGUUUCUUAUUGGGUGGACGUCAUGGAGAGUUUAAAUUUCUGCCUCCUGGUGGCUAUGCUCCCUGUUAUGAAGCAUUGCUUCCAAAAGAGAAGAUGAAACUGGAACCAGUGAAAGAAUAUAAGAGAGAUUCUGAUGGAGUGAGGGAUCUACUGGGUACAACUCAGUUCCUCUCCCAAGCUUCCUUUAUCCCUUGUCCAAUAGACACCAGUCAGAUUGCUCUUCCUUUUCAUCUUGAAAAGAUCAGGGACAAACUGGCUGAAAAUAUCCAUGAACUGUGGGGAAUGAAUAAAAUAGAACUGGGCUGGACGUAUGGCAAGAUACGGGAUGAUAAUAAAAGACAUCAUCCUUGUCUUGUGGAAUUCUCAAAAUUACCUGAGACAGAGAAGAAUUAUAAUCUACAAAUGUCAACUGAAACCCUCAAGACCCUUUUGGCCCUUGGAUGUCACAUUGUUCAUGCUCAUCCAGCAGCUGAGGAAGAUCUUAAAAAAGUCAAACUUCCUAAGAAUUACAUGAUGUCAAAUGGAUAUAAACCCGCCCCUCUUGAUCUUUCUGAAGUGAAAUUGUUACCUUCUCAAGAAUUUCUAGUUGACAGACUAGCAGAAAAUGCACAUAACGUCUGGGCAAAAGACAGAAUAAAGCAAGGAUGGACCUAUGGCAUUCAGCAGGAUCUUAAGAACAAACGUAAUCCUCGGCUAGUGCCGUAUACAUUAUUAGAUGAACGUACUAAAAAAUCAAACAGAGAUAGCCUCCGUGAAGCUGUUAGAACAUUUGCAGGCUAUGGCUACAGUAUUGAGCCACCUGACCAAGAGAUAGCUGACCAAACAGUGGAAAAAGUCAGCAUCGACAAGAUACGAUUUUUCAGAGUAGAACAGUCUUAUGCAGUGAAGUCUGGAAAGUGGUACUUUGAAUUUGAAGCUGUGACAGGUGGAGACAUGCGUGUUGGCUGGGCCAGGCCAGGCUGUCGACCAGACGUAGAGUUGGGAGCUGAUGACCAAGCAUUUGUAUUUGAAGGAAGCAAAGGCCAGCGUUGGCAUCAAGGCAGUGGGUUCUUUGGACGAAGCUGGCAACCGGGAGACGUGGUUGGUUGUAUGAUAAACUUGGAUGACAAAUCAAUUAUCUUUACUCUGAAUGGAGAGUUGCUUAUAACCAGUAAAGGUUCAGAACUUGCAUUUGCUGACUUUGGAAUAGAAAGUGGUUUUGUUCCAAUUUGUGCACUGGGUCUAUCUCAGAUUGGUCGUAUGAACCUUGGAAUGGAUGCCAGUACAUUCAAGUAUUAUACAAUGUGUGGCCUUCAAGAAGGUUUUGAACCUUUUGCUGUCAACAUGAACCGAGAUGUUGCUAUGUGGUUUAGUAAACGCUUACCAACAUUUGUCAAUGUGCCAAAAAAUCAUCCUCACAUUGAGAUAUGGAGAAUUGAUGGAACCAUUGAGAGUCCACCUCGGUUGAAAGUUACUCACAAAACAUUUGGCACGCAGAACAGCAAUUCAGACAUGAUAUAUUGUCGUUUGAGUAUGCCCAUUGAGUUCCGCUCAUCAUUCAACUUCGGCAUGGGUGUGGAAAAUGCCUCAUCUGAUGUUUUCCAAAAACGAAAGCACAGUCAAGAAAUCGCUGCUCCUUCUACUACGUAUUUUUACUCACUACGGAUAUUUGCUGGCCAAGACCCCUCCUCUGUCUGGGUUGGCUGGGUAACACCAGACUAUCAUUUUUACAGUGAGAAUUUUGACCUAAAUAAAAAUUGUACAGUGACUGUUACUUUAGGUGAUGAGAGAGGCAGGGUUCAUGAAAGUGUGAAGCGCAGCAAUUGCUACAUGGUUUGGGGAGGAGAUGUAAUUGCUAAUUCCCAGAGAUCGGGUCGCAGUAAUGUUGAUUUAGAAAUUGGAUGCUUUGUUGACCUGGCUACUGGAAUGUUGUCAUUCACAGCCAAUGGAAAAGAGCUUGGCACUUGUUAUCAGGUUGAACCAAACACAAAGCUUUUCCCAGCAACUUUUGUACAGCCUACAAGCACUAAUUUGGUUCAGUUUGAACUUGGUAAAUUAAAGAAUACCAUGCCUUUAUCAGCAGCAAUUUUUAAAAGUGAAGAAAGAAAUCCUGUUCCUCAGUGUCCCCCUCGCCUUGAUGUGCAAACAAUUACACCUGUUCUGUGGAGCAGGAUGCCAAACAGCUUUCUAAAAGUGGAAACUGAGCGUGUCAGUGAACGUCAUGGCUGGGUCGUGCAGUGUUUGGAACCUCUGCAAAUGAUGGCACUUCAUAUCCCAGAAGAAAACAGAUGUGUUGAUAUUUUGGAACUAUGUGAACAAGAAGAUUUGAUGAAGUUUCACUACCACACUUUAAAACUCUAUAGCUCAGUUAGUGCUCUAGGUAACACUAGGGUUGCUUAUGCACUUUGUAGCCACGUGGACAUAUCUCAGCUAUUUUAUACAAUAGAUAAUCAAUACUUACCUGGACUCCUACGUUCCGGAUUCUACGACUUGCUCAUUAGUAUUCAUUUGGAGCAUGCCAAGCAAGCCAAGCUCAUGAUGAACAAUGAAUUUAUCAUUCCAGUUACAGAUGAAACUCGAACUAUUAAAUUAUAUCCUGAUGAAACAAAGAAGCAUGGUUUACCUGGGGUAGGGCUUAGCACUUGUCUGAAACCAGGCUUUAAUUUUUCUACUCCAUGCUUUAUUGUGACCAGUGAAGAACGUCAGAUAUCCAGCCCAGAGAUACCCCUUGAUACACUUAAAUCCAAGGCCAUAAGUAUGUUAACAGAGGCAGUACAGUGUAGUGGUACUCAUAUACGAGACCCUGUUGGAGGGCAUGUUGCAUUCCAGUUCGUUCCUGUUCUUAAACUGAUAGCAACAUUGCUCAUAAUGGGUGUUUUUGAUGAUGACGAUGUGAAACAGGUAUUGCUCCUCAUUGAUCCCAAUGUGUUUGGAGAUCACAAGGAAGAAACAGAAGAGAGGACAGAGAAGGAAGAAGUUACACAAGUUGAAGAAAAAGCUGUAGAAGCUGGGGAGAAAGCAAUAAAAGAAACAAAAGCUCCUGCAAAGGGCUUAUUGCAGACAAGAUUACCAGAAUCUGUUAAGCUUCAGAUGUGUCAUUUACUCAAUUAUUUCUGUGACUGUGAGCUACAACAUAGAGUGGAAGCAAUUGUAUCAUUUGCAGACCGUUAUGUAUCAAAAUUGCAAUAUAAUCAGAAAUACAGGUACAAUGAACUCAUGCAAGCCUUGAACAUGUCUGCUGCUUUGACUGCCAAAAAGACUAAAGAAUUUCGGUCUCCUCCUCAAGAACAGAUUAAUAUGUUACUGAAUUUUCAACUGGGAGAGGAUUGCCCCUGUCCAGAGGAGAUUCGGGAUGAGUUAUAUGAAUUUCAUGAUGAUCUUCUAAUUCACUGUGGUAUCCCACUAGAAGAGGAGGAAGAGGAAGAGGAAGAUUCCUCCUUGACUGGCAAACUCCGUUCAUUAAUGUAUAAAAUCAAAGGUCCACCAAAAGCAGAAAAAGUAGAACCUAAGGAGGAAGAAGAGAAAUCUCCUACUACGCUGAAAGAACUCAUAUCCCAGACUAUGGUGCGCUGGUCCCAGGAAGAUCAGAUUCAAGAUCCAGAAUUAGUUCGAAUUAUGUACACCCUCCUUCGUAGGCAAUAUGACAGCAUUGGUGAGCUACUGCAAGCUCUGAGGAAAGCCUACACUAUUAGCGCUGCCUCUGUGAAGGAUACCAUUAAUCUACUUGCAGCACUGGGCCAGAUUCGUUCACUUCUCAGUGUCAGGAUGGGAAAAGAGGAGGAAUUGCUAAUGAUUAAUGGAUUAGGGGAUAUAAUGAACAACAAGGUGUUUUAUCAGCAUCCUAACCUAAUGAGAGUCUUGGGUAUGCAUGAGACUGUUAUGGAUGUGAUGGUGAAUGUGCUUGGAGGAGACAGAUCUCAGAUCGUUUUUCCUAAGAUGGUGGCAAGCUGUUGUCGAUUCCUGUGCUACUUCUGUCGAAUUAGUCGUCAAAACCAGAAGGCCAUGUUUGAGCAUCUUAGUUACUUACUGGAAAACAGCAGUGUUGGACUGGCAUUUCCUUCAAUGAGAGGUUCAACACCACUAGAUGUUGCAGCAGCCUCUGUAAUGGACAAUAAUGAGCUUGCACUAGCAUUGGAGGAGCCAGAUCUCGAUAAGGUUGUAACCUACUUGGCGGGUUGUGGCCUGCAGAGUUGUCCGGUAUUGCUGGCUAAAGGAUAUCCAGACAUUGGAUGGAAUCCAAUAGAGGGUGAACGUUACCUGUCGUUCUUAAGAUUUGCAGUUUUUGUUAACAGUGAAAGUGUUGAGGAAAACGCAAGCGUUGUUGUCAAGCUCCUUAUUCGACGGCCAGAGUGCUUUGGACCAGACCUUAGGGGAGAGGGAGGAAAUGGUUUGCUGGCAGCUAUGCAAGAAGCUAUCAGGAUCUCAGAGAAUCCUACUCGUGACCUUCCCUCCCAGGCAUAUAAAAGAGAAGGUGAUGAUGAUGACACAGAGGAGGAGAUUGUGCACAUGGGCAAUGCAAUCAUGUCAUUUUACUCAGCUCUCAUAGAUUUACUUGGACGCUGUGCACCAGAAAUGCAUCUUAUUCAAAGUGGAAAAGGGGAAGCUAUUCGAAUCAGGUCAAUCCUUCGAUCUCUAGUGCCAACUGAAGAUUUGGUUGGGAUUAUAAGUAUACCACUAAAGCUGUCAACAGUUAACAAAG